GUGAACGGCGGGCACAAACACCUGCACGACAGUCGACCGGAACUGCGGAUCCCAUAUAGAGAUCUACCGUAGUCAUGACCUGUCGAUUCUGAUCUCAUGGGCCAGCUUGGGCUUCUCUUCCUUCCCUUCAUUCUCUUCAUUCUCUUCGUUCUUUUUCCUUCUUCUUGCUCAGGCAGUCAUUCUGCAGCACCUUAUCACCGGUCUGUCAUUUUGUCCCGAACCGUGCUGUGACCGGCGGGAUGGUAGAGACGCCACGAUGGUCGGCGUACCGCGCAGCAAAGCAUGUCUCUUAUGCCUCCAGCGGCGCGUGAAGUGCGACGAGCUCCGACCAGGAUGUUCCCAGUGCCAGAAAUACGGCGUUGCAUGUCCCGGGUACAAUAAGGCUCUAAAAUUUCAAGAUCAAGGCCCCCUACUACGGCAAAAAUUCGGAUCUCGAGCUGUCACCAAGCAAAACAGUCUACAGGGAUUUCAAUCGUCAAUCGAUGAGCGGGUGGUGCCGUCCCUAGUCUCAAUAUCCAUGAGCAAGCAACAACCCAAUGUCUUCCGUGACUUCGUCUUAACAGCUUUCCCACGCUGGUUUGGCCUGAACAAGCACCGUGUACAAGUAACGUGGGUUGCUUAUGUUUCUGAGCAGCUCGGCAAGAACCCAGCGCUAGAUGCUGCUGUCUACUGUAUCACAUGUGCAUUUAUGGGCCAUUCUCGCAGGGACAAAAGGUUGAAGGAGUCUAGUUUCGAGAUGUACUCCAAAGCUUUGAACCUCUUGAAGGAGUCGGUCAAGGAUGGGACGGCCCUAUGUUCGCGGGAAAGCAUCAGCACAUCUAUACUCCUCGCUAUGUUUGAAGCAUAUACAGCCACUAGCAACGAUGCGUGGGCUCGACACGCCAGCGGUGCAUCUAUGAUGAUGUCCCUUAGGGGAGCAGAGAGUCACCAUUUCGGAUUUGACCGUAGUUUAUACAUCUCGUUUCGCAGCUUCUUGGUCGCUCAAGCAUUCGUCGAGGGCAAACCGUGCAUGUUUGAGAAACCAGAAUGGCAAACCUUGAUUGACCAGAUCCGGAAAGAAGAUAUGGCGGAUCCUAGGGUGGACGAGCCGAUUGCAGUCUUUAUCGACAUAUCCGAUAGACUCUUCAUGGAGAUCGUCAAGUUCCCCGGGUUGGUGAGUGAGGCACGCUCUCUUAUCUCAUCACCAGGAAGAGGGACGUACGAAAAGAAAGACCUCAUGGCAAAGAUGCUCAACGCUCGUGAAGUGACAAGUAUCCUUGCUGCAGAUAUGCGCAAUGCUCUAGCUGCACAUGGCCAUCUUUCCCGCGGAGGUUACAGAGUCCCUUUUAUCGGUCCAGUUCCCUCAACUUUUCCAGAGGCGUUCGCAAACAGUUUACUUCGUGGCACUGAUAUGGCGUUAAGCGUACUCGACUUCCAAUUGGCAGACCUUGCAACCGAGGGGGCGGCAGACCGUCCGGUCUCCAGGCCCUUUCGGAUCAUAUCGAACCUUGCAGGUGGUGAGAUCAGCCAAAGCUCAGAAGCAGCUGAUGAUACUCGACAGGUAAAUGAAUGGCUAGACAAAGUCGCGUCUUCCAUGGGGAUGGAAGGCAUGGCAAUUGUCCUAUAACAUCAAAAGCCCCCUGCGGUGGUCCACAUAAAAUACGAUAUGAGCCAAUAAACUCACUCAGGCUCCAACCUCCAGGAAGCAAUUACAAACAGCAGCUCUAUAACGACAGAAGACAGAAUGUCCAAAUAGGAUUAUUUAUCCGAUUCCGUGAGACGAAUAUCGUACUGACGUGAGUCGUAACAUACAAACAAACAAGAUUACCUUCAACCCUGGGAAACACCGUGCUAUCGAAACCAUAAAAACAGACCAGGAAAGUAAAACUCCUUGUACAUCUUCAAUCAACUCAAUCAACCACACCCCAUA